GAAUUAGCUUGGACUUUUUCUCAAAAUGAACUUGCGGAAUUGGCUUGGACUUUUUUUCGAAAUAGACUUGUGAAAUCAGCUUGGACUUUUUCUCAAAAUAGACUUGUGACUCGUGGUAGUUUUUAUAGAAAUCGGCUUGGACUUUCUCUCGAAAUGGACUUGUGGAAUCAGCUUGGACUUUUUCUCGAAAUGGACUCAUA